AACAGCUUCGGGCCCUCACCCCUUCUCUGUUGCUUGGGCUUCCAGUCUCUGAGGACACCUGCUCCCCUAUCCCCACUGCCCCUGCCAUUGUCCCAAACCUGAGGGACCCAGAGAGGCCCCUGUCCAGAGGCACUGGGCCAGUUCUCUGUUUGGGGAGCGGGGGGAGGGUCCUUUAUUAUUUAUUUUUAAAUAAUCUCUACACUGAAUGUGGGGUUGGAACUCACAACCCCGAGAUCAAGAGUCGCAUGCUCCACCGACUGAGCCAGCCACGCACCCCUUUUGGGGUCUUUAGAGUUACCUUGCUUGCUGCCCCCACAGCCAGGCUUUCAGCCUUGACUGACGUUUGCCUCCCUGGGAGGCCUGGGCCACCUCGCUCAUCCUGUCUUUUGACGUGAUUGCUUUCCCUCGGGGGGGGCUACGCUGUUGAGCUCUGGGGGGGAAUUGUGGCCCCCUGAGCUUCACUGAAGUCCUCUCAAAGGCCUGAGGGGCCCUCCAGGGCAGGCUGUGUCUUCUUUAGGCCUUGGCUUCCUCCUGGCCAUGCCCAGCCCUGGUUAGGAAGCAGGAUGAAGCAGCCUUAAGGAGCUGGCUGCAGGCCCCCGGAGACUGAUUGGACUCUGGGAGUGGGCCAGAGUCAGGACGCUUUGCACUCAUGGGUCUGGGUCCCUAAAAUGGGGGUAGCAACGAUAAGAGUCACCUCACGGUCUUAGGGGAUGUCCGGGGUCCUUGAGGGUGGGAUGGAGAAGAUGGGCCUCCUUUUCUGACCUGCCACAAGUCUCAGGGCCUUUCUACAGGAGCUCCCCUGUCUAGGGCAUGGGUGAGCUGUUUGCAGGUUUGGGGGAGGGGGCUUGGGCAGCUCCCCAUCUCCUCCCAAGAAACCCCUUCUCCUGAGAAAUUCCCAGGAACGCCCCUCACGGGCUCUACUCGUGGCAGCCCCAGCCUGAUGGGGUCUGCCCCACUGGGCAGCCUGGCCGCCUGGCCGCCCCCACAGACCUGUCUCUACCCAUGGGCUCCUUUUUUCUUUUUUUUAAGAUCUUAUUUUAUUUAUUUGACAGAGAGAGACAGUGAGAGAGGGAACACAAGCAGGGGGAGUGGUUGAGGGAGAAGCAGGCUUCCGCAGAGCAGGGAGCCCGAUGCGGGGCUUGAUCCCGGGACCCUGGGAUCAUGACCCGAGCCGAAGGCAGUCGCUUAACGACUGAGCCACCCAGGUACCCCGCCCCCCCAUGGGCUCUCUUACAGGCAGACGGACCAUGGCAGAGUUCUCCCAGAAGCGGGGGAAGCAGCGUGAUGAGGUGCUGGGCGGCACUGUGGACUUCCUCCUGGCCAAUGCCCGCCUCGUGCUGGGCGUGGGCGGGGCCGCCGUGCUGGGGAUUGCUACCCUGGCUGUGAAGCGGCUCAUCGACAGGGCCACCAGCCCUCGAGAUGAGGAUGAUGCCAAGGGGGACAGCACAUGCCUGGAGGAGAGCUGGAAGGAACUGAGUCUCCUCAAGGCCACGCCACGUCAACAGCCCCGGACCCCACCUGCUGCGCUCAGCCAGCCCCUGUCACUCCCCGGCCCCUCGCCGGCUUCCCCAGAGGGACCCACAGACACCGGUCCUCAGAUGUCGCCACCACCUAGCUCCCCGUCACCGCUGUGCCUGACGUUCCAGGAGAAGCUGCUGGCGUUCGAGCAGGACCAUGUGACCAUCCCGGCGGCCCAGGUGGCUCUGGCCAAGCAGCUGGCCGCUGACAUCGCCCUCCAGCUGCAGGCCUACUUGCGGAACAAGUUCCCGGAACUGCCCUUCGGGGCGCUGGUGCCCAGCGGGCCGCUCUACGACGGGCUGCAGGCGGGGGCGGCCGACCAUGUGCGCCUGCUCGUUCCCCUGGCGCUCGAGGGGGGCCUGUGGGACCUGGUGCCCGGGCUGGACACUGUGGCCAGGGACCCUCGCUGCUGGGCCGUGCGCAGGACUCAGCUGGAGUUCCGUCCCCGCGGGAGCAGCCCCUGGGACCGCUUCCUGGUGGGUGGCUACCUGUCUCCGCGCGUCCCGCUGGAGCUGCUCCGCAAGGCCCUGGCCUCCUCCGUCAACUGGCCGGCCAUCGGCGGCCUCCUCGGGUGCCUGAUCCGGCCCAGCGUGGCCUCAGAGGAGCCGCUGCUCGAGGUGCAGCACGAGUGCCUGGAGCUCACGGUCGUGGUGCUGCUGGCCGUCACGGGCGCCGCCGCCGAAGAUCCCGUCCUCCUGGCGUGGCCCCUGGAGGGCCUGGCCGGGAGCCUGUGGCUGCAGGACUGGUACCCCGCGGAGGCCGCCAGGCUGCGGGCCCUGGAUGCGCGCGACGCUGGGGCCCGCCGGCGGCUGCUGCGGCUGCUGUGCGGGGUGUGCCGCAGCCACCCGGCCCUGGCGCGGCUGGACCGGUGCCACCUGAGCCAGGUGGUGCUGCGCCUGGGGGAGGCCGAGGCCGACUGGGCUGAGGCGGCCCUGGGGCAGCGCUUCCUGCAGGCCCUGGAGGCGCUCGUCCACAGCCUGGAGCGGGCCAGCCUGCCCUGCCACUUCAACCCCGGCGUGAACCUCUUCGGCGGUCUGCGCGCGGAGGAGAUCGACGCGCUGGGCUUCGCGCUGUACCGCGGCCUGCGGGCCCCUGAGCGGCUGCUCUAGCUGGGAGGGGGCGGGGCGGCCGGCGCGGUUCUCACGCGGGGGAGCGGGGAGCGCCCCCCCCGCCCCCCGCCCCCUGGUCUUUGGAGAGCACUUUUUCUCUUGCUUUAGCCAGAAGGAAAGAGGGCGCUGCGCUCUGUAAGCCCACGGGGCUAGCAUGUACGUGGGCAGCUAUCACGGGAGCCCCCCCCCACCCCCAGGCCCGGACAGCUCGGAGCGCUGGCCACGCACAUGUGCCCCGGCCGCCCCCCGGACCCUGGGCUCGGGACAUCGUCACCUGCACUGACCGCGCUGACAGGACACGCCUGCUGCUGUCCUAGGCGGGGGAUAAAGGCAGCUCCGUUUUUCUGUCGAGAGGGGGCCAGAGUCACCCGCUACUCCCCGCACCCCCCUCCCCCCCCCAGGGAUUGCAGCUCUGGGGCGGACUUGAAGGCUGCAUCCCCCCGUGUCACCUGCGUGUCUAGUUGGCUUGUCAAGCUCUCCCCUCGAGCCUGGAGCAGGAGUUCAGUGUGACCUGCUGCCCACCUCAGACCUCAGAAGGCCCCUUUCUGUCCACCUGCGCCAUUUUCCCUUCGGGAUGCAGAGUCCCCUGCGCUGCCCACCUUGCCUGGAGCCAAGGAUGCCCCGCUAGCUGCUGCUGGGCCCGGAGAGCAGAGGCCGUUCCCCCCCCCACCCCCGGCCGGCAGAGCAGGCCUGGCCUCCACAGAGCCACUGUGAACUCCCCGCGGCCGCCUGAGUUCUCACUGAAGCCAGCCCCGGUGGGGAGGGGGUUCUGCCUCACCUCCCAGGCAUCCCUCCUGGCUUUGGUAUCUUUCUUGCUGAAGCAAAGCUGUGUGCCUCAAAGAACGUGAAUAAGAAUAAAAGGGAAAA